AUGCCGGCGCCGAGCAAUCUCCUCAAGUCCAUUGCCAACGACGCGAAGCAGAAGGCCGCGAUGAGGAAGCAGGCCGUCCAUGGCUUCCCGAGGCUGUCGAGCACCAGCAAGGCUCUCAUCCUGCUCCCCGUCCUCCUCCUCGCCUUCAUCUACCUCAUCGUCUACCCCAAGGAGUUCGAGCUGCAGGCGCUCAUGAGCUCCUGCGGCCAACCACAAAACGCCUACACCGCCGCCGCCAACGGCUCCUCAACGACCGUCCAGGCGUACGCCCGGGAGCCCGACUUCCGGCUGCUCAUCGGCAUCCUCACCCGCGCCGACUUCUACGAGCGCCGCCACCUCCUCCGCAUGGUCUACGGCCUGCAGCUCGCCUCCCCGGACCUCGCCGCGCACAUCGACGUGCGCUUCGUCUUCUGCCGCCUCUACAAGGACGACCAGCGGGUGCUCAUCCCGCUCGAGAUCCUCGCGCACGGCGACAUCAUCGUGCUCGACGCCUGCGAGGAGAACCUCAACGGCGGGAAGACCCACACCUUCUUCACCGCCGCGGCCUCCCUCUACGCCGACGCGCCCUACGACUACGUGAUGAAGGCCGACGACGACAUCAUGUUCCGGCUGCCCGAGCUGGUGGCGUCGCUGGGGGCCAUGCCGCGGCAGGACAUGUACUACGGCGCCACCAUCCCCUGCGGCAGCAUGGACCCCAGCAAGGGGUACAUGUCCGGCAUGGGGUACGCGCUGUCGUGGGACCUGGUGGAGUGGCUCGCCGGGGCGGAGGAGGUGACCAAGGGCCGCAUCGUCGGGACGGAGGACAAGAUGACCGGCGAGUGGCUGAGGCUCGGCGGCAAGGGCAAGAACAGGUUCAACGCCAAGCCGGCAAUGUACGACUACCCGCUGCCGGUGCCCAUAGACAGUUGCUCCCACGCGUUCGUGCCGGACACCAUCGCCGUGCACCGUCUCAAGGAUAACCCCAGGUGGGCGCACGCGCUCGAUUACUUCAACUUCACCGCGGGGCUCAAGUCAUCCAAGUUCUACAAGUUCGACGCCUAG